UUUAUUAUAUAUAUAAGAAAAAUUAAGAAUCUUAUAUAACAAUAUUAAUUACUUGUACUAAUCUUCCACUGCCAUGUAAAAUCAUCAGUAUGUAAAAAACUGGAUACAAGGAAUGUACAAGAGAGAACCAAUUGUAGAAUGACUUGCGUACCAUUGGCAAUGAGCAUAUAAAUAUUAAUCCAGUUACAAUGGUUAAAAAUAUUCCUGUUAUACCUGUCAUUGUACCCCAACACCAAUAAUGGAACUUUGGCAGCUCAUGUGUUCUAAAUACAAUAAAUAUAAUAAAUAAUUUAUUUUUAUUAUUUAGAAAUUGAAUAAUUGAAAUAUUUAGAUAGAAGAGAUGUAGACUUACGCGUGGAAAUAAUUGCGAAACAAACACGUUAAAUCAUCAGCAGUUUGCGUAGAUAUAUGAUAAAAAUUAAAACCAUGUCCAAUUAUAUGUAACACUAAAAAUAUUAAAACGCGAAUAAACAUGAAAUGUAAUUUGCUUAAAUUAAGAUUAAGAAAUUUAUCUCACCAGUAAAGACCAAGGCCCAAUAAGCGAUAUAUUUAUGCAUUUCUAUCGCUGAAUCGAAAGGAAUGUAGAACUGUAGAAUUGUGGUUCUAAGAAUAGUGAUGGUGUUAUGGCACAUCAUAAUUAUUAAUGUGGAAUAAGUGAACAUCAUAGCCGAUGCCGCACCUCUCGUUAUAGCAAUACCAUGACCCAAUAUUCGUCUCAAACCAGAAUGUUCUCGUUGUAUAGAAUAAUCUAUGUAAAAGAGCAUUAUACAAUUAUAAUUAUUGGUGCAAAAAUUUAAGUUAGAGCUUGUACUGUAAAAAGAUUUUUGAAAAGGACAUACAGUACACUCUCUCUGCGAAAAUCCCAAGCAAAAACAAGGUAUAUAAACAUGCCCAGAAUAUUUGCAAUCGUUUGUUAGCGAGGUAUUUCAUUAUAGGAUACCAAUAAUCGUCCGAGUGUUUCUUCAUCUCUUCGAUAAUUUUCUCGUUCUUAUCGAUAAUUUCGCUAUUACUUUUUUCCUCUUUCGCAUUUUGUUCGCUUUCAAUUUUACCCUCGAUUCUACAUUGUAAUUCAUUUGGAUCGGCAUAUAGACUCUCCACCGUCUUUUGUACUUCGCCGAUGAAUGUUGAUCUAACUGUUUUCACACCUGCGUGAAGUUUUCUGCUGUUUUUCCCAUCCACAGGCACGUUAAACUCCAGUUCUGCAUAAUUAAAUUUAUCAUUGAAGUCGCUGAGUAUCUGUUGAAAAUCCUGUAGAUUUAUAGUUUCUUUGUUUGCCAAAUCAGCGUGAUACAUCAUGGAUUGCACUAAAGAUUCCAAUUCAUUGUCUGUUAUAUCAGCAUUUCCAGUUUCCAUAAAUGAUCUAAACCAUUAUUUAAUAUAUAAUGGAUACAUGAAAAGAUAGAGAGCGUAUAGAGAAUAGUGUCAUGUAAUUAAAUAAUUUAAAAAUAUACCUUAACAUAGCUGAAAACUCUUCUCUUUUAAGUUUUCCUGUACCAUUGAUAUCAUACAUAUCAAACAUUAACUUCAUUUUCUCUUCUGCAGAACCCUUUAGAAAUAUUACCAACAUGUCAACAAAUUCUCGAAAUGAUAUAAAACCAUUCUUAUCUUUAUCCACUAGAUUAAAUAUCUGCAAAUGAUUGUGUGUGUAAUCUUUCAAUAUAUUUAUACGCAUUGUAUUUACACAUUGCUUAUCAAAUUUAAUGUAAAUAUUACUUUCUUUACGAAUUCAGCGUCCGGCUUCAUACUCAGAGCUUCCGCGAAUUCUAUGAUAGUUAAUUCGGUGUAAAUCACUUCUCUUGCAACUAUCGAAUCUAUCUGUAAGAUUUCUUCUUCCGUAUGUGCAAUAUGGAAUGCCUGAAGACACAAUUGUGAAUAUAUAUUUAUAUUUAAUAUUGUUUAAAUAUUUCAUAAAACAAAAAAGAAAAAAUACCUGUGCGAAUACAACGCGAAAAAACAUUUCCAAUUUCUUUUGACGAUGCUUCUUAGUUAUUGCUUGCUUGAGUAACGCUGAAUAUGAAAUAUUAGUUAUCAUUUGCAUUGAGCAGACAUUUCCAGAUGUUGCCAUAUCCGAUAUAAAUCUUUCGAAUACUUUUAUAAAUGUGCUUCUCAAAAAAUCGGAAUCAAACUUCAACACUAAAUCAUAACUAUGAUGUAUGCGGAUUAAAAUAUAAUGAUUAUCAGACGCGCAAUAAAUCUGCAAAAAAGAUUUGGUACAUUUGAUUAUAUAUUUAUCAAUUUGUGUUGUUAUGCAGUAAAUGAUAAAUUGACAUAUAUUACAAAAAUAAUAUAUACCUUGACAUUGCUAUUGAUUGGAAAGUCCAUUGCGCGUAUCAAAUAUCCCAAUUGAUUUUUCACUUCCAGUUGAUUUUUUCUGAUGUUUGGUAUUAAUAUUACACGUCUGAAUGCAGUUUUUGGUUCUUGCCAUUCGCUAGCUAUUCAUAAAAAGGAAUAUAUCUUUAUUAUACUAUAUGUAUAUAAAGAGAUAAGAGAGCAAUAUAAAGAGAUGUAUAUACUUCUAAACUCUUACCAGUAUGUAUGAUAUCUACAUUAUCACUAUGGUCUACUUUUAUAAUAGUUUCUCUCAUUAGUUCGUUCUUAAGUUGUAUCUUAAAGAUUAUUAAUACAAUGAUACCUGCGUCAAACUUAUCACAUUAUAUAGUAUGUCCAUAAUGCCAUCACAUAAUAAUUCAACAGUAGCAAAAAAUGUUUACCACAGAAAAAUGUUGAUACACCUAAAAAUGUAAGAAUGAAGGACGCACUGCUAUUCGAAAAAUAAUCGUAAGUCCCAGGUUCAGUGCAAUUCUCGAUUGUAUGUUCAUUUAUUUGAUCAACGUGAAAACAAGAAUCAGUUGUACAUUCGCCUUUUUUAACAACUUUAUUAUUAAUACAAUUGGGAUGUAUAUCAUCCACUGAAAGAAGACAAAUUUAUUUAUUUUUGGUAUCUUUAGCUAAUAAUUAAACAACCUUAUAUUUACACAUGUAAUUUUUCCUUCUCUUACUUCUUGUAGGAACUCUAAAAGGAUUGCUUGGAAUAUCAUUCCAGUCCAUUUUAGUGACACACAUUAAUACAUCGUAAAAUGAUAAUUGUUCUAAUCUUUCAGUUUCCUCGUAAGUAAAAGUCUAGGAAUAAAGGCGUGACAAAAGUUUACCUAAUUAAUUGUACAAAAGAUGUAAUAUAAUAUAACGAUAUAAUUACAUACUUAUUGUCGAAAUUCUUGUACCAAAAUCUAUCACCAUUGCGUAUUCGUUGAAAUUGAUCACUGAUUAUAUUUUGAAAGAGCGGCCCAGGUCCAUCGUCAGUUUCUAGUAUCCCACCUACCCAGAUAUCCACAUCAUCGAACGAGUUAUUGUACAGUUUGAGAAAUUCAUCUCGAAUCUUAAAUAAUAAUAAAUAAAAAAUAUAUUUCCGUAAUACACUGCGAUUAAAUAUAAGAAUUUUUAUUUUUAUACAACAUACCGUUUCAUUCACGCGAUCAAAAUAGGAUACAUUUUGAACCUCCGAUAGACCGUAUGCACGACGAGCACUGUUGUAAUUAGGUACUCCGUGAUCACGUCCUCUCUGAAUAUUAAGUGCCAUUAAAUCUCUCCUUGAGAAUUCGAGUGGCCCAAAUAAACUGCCUCGCAAAUCUUCAACGAUCUUAUGAUCUUCCUCUUCGCAUAAUUGAAUAGCCAUUCCCAUUAGUAAUUUCUCUACGUCGAUAACAUCUUCUAAUCUCUUCAAAUUUGCAUACAGAGAAUUCUAAACAUAUGUAAUGGUUGGUUACAUGUAAUUGGUAGACCUUUACAUAUUUUAUUAUGUAUACGUGCUUUGUCGAAAUUUUAAACAUACAUAUGUGUAUACAUGUAUAUACACACGCGUACACAUAAAAUUGUUAAAAUACCUGUGACAUCCAAUAAUUGUUGCAUGUUCUAAUUGGAUAUGAUUCCAAGAAACAAUUAUUCCUCCCAUAAUCACGCAAGUAUACACCUAGCAUUAUGAUUAUCAUUAAUGUUAUUACUGCACAUUCUAUUAUAAUAACAUACAUAUUACUAUGAUCUUUUAUCAAAUCAAAGGUAUAAAUCGACUCUAAGUCAACUUGUAUUGCUAAAUGGAAAGCACCAUAUAUAUGAACAAAAAAUAGACAGAUUAUGACAUGAAAAUCGAUAUUGCUCUCAUUUGAAUGAUUUGUUUGUCAUUAAUAUAAACUCAUCUGGAAAACGGUAUAUCUUUCUAAUGGUAAUAAAAAAUCGAUGCAUCAUUUACCUGGUGGAACCAAAGUGUGUCCGAAGCGAAAAGCAGCCGAUUGAAAAAAUUGCUCUAUUUGCGGAUCGAUAUUAGGAUUGUAACCUUUAAACAACGAAUAAAUCAAUUAGGAUUAAAUGCAAAUUACGAGUAAACAAACAUUUUAAUUAAACAUGUAGUGUUUAUUAAUACAGUCACAUGUUGACUGAAACUCUAUUUCUAUUUACCCGUAUAUACAGGAAGUCUGCUUCCCAACCAUGAAGGCAACCAUUCGUUGACGAUAAUGUGUUGCUGGGUCGCAAUCACCCAUUUACGAGCCUCGUUGUAAAUCUUGUCGCUGGACCAAUUUGGAUUGCGACGUUUAAUAUGAGAUGCUACGAAAUUGUGCCAUCUGAACCAUAUUAUACCAAAAGUCAGUAGAAACGGAUUUUCAUUUCCUCGUGGAUUUCCCAACUCUAGAACAUAACGUAUGAAAUUGCAUAUAUUAAUAGCCACAGAUAUUAUACCGAGUAAAAAUAUUGAUUCGCAUCCGAAAUGUAUUUUCUUCGCCCGUUGAGAGAUAAAUUAAUGCUGCGAGCGACGCGUUUUUGCGUCGUUGAUGCAACUUGCCACAGAACCGUCACGAAGAUGACUGUGCGAGACGCGCUGAAUAUGGCUCUCGAUGAGGAAUUAGCCCGGGACGAAAAGGUGUUCAUUAUCGGAGAGGAAGUCGCCGAGUUCGACGGCGCUUACAAAAUUACGCGCGGUCUCUGGAAGAAGUAUGGCGACAAGAGGAUGAUCGAUACACCGAUCACGGAGGCUGGAUUUUGUGGUAUAGCGAUUGGCGCGGCGCUCCUGGGCUUGAAACCGAUAUGCGAGUUCAUGACCUUCAAUUUCGCCAUGCAAGCCAUCGAUCGUAUCAUCAACGGUGCCGCCAAGAAUCUCUACAUGUCUGCCGGCAAAUAUCCCGUCCCCGUCGUGUUCCGGGGUCCCAAUGGUAAUGCCAAAGGCUUGGCCGCACAGCAUUCUCAGUGUUUUGCCGCGUGGUACAUGAGCGCACCCGGUUUGAAGGUUCUAUCGCCAUCAACCUGUGAAGAUUACAGAGGCUGCUUGAAGGCAGCUGUGCGCGAUCCCGAUCCUGUCAUAAUGCUGGAGAGCGAAUUGCUCUACAACCUCGAGUUUCCCGUGUCCGACCAAGCUAUGGACAAGGACUAUCAGAUACCUAUUGGCAAGGCCAAGGUGGAGAAACCUGGCAAGCAUAUCACCCUGGUGACGCAUGGCCAGGCGUACGUGUAUACGCUUCAAGCGGCCGAGAUAUUGGCUGGACAAGGGAUCGAGGCAGAAGUUAUCAAUCUGCGCUCGCUCAGACCCCUGGAUUGGGAUACCGUAUUCAAAUCCAUCAGCAAGACACACCGAUUAAUGACUGUCGAGCUGGGUUGGCCGAGGUGCGGAGUAGGAUCCGAAAUUGUUGCGACGGUGAUGGAGAAUCCGGUGUUCUUUCAACUCGACGCACCCGCAGUGCGAUGCGCCGGUAUCGACGUUCCGAUGCCUUAUUCAGAGAAGAUUGAGUACGAAUGUACACCAAAGGAUCAUCAUAUAGCCGACUAUGCGAAACAUGUCUGCGGCACAAAAUUCUAAUACUCGUUUAUUUUAAUAUUGCUUUCCGAAUAAAAUUUUACUACUCACUGAAAUAUCUGGUAACGCUCUCGGUAUAAUGUCGAGAAACGUAUUGAUGAUGAUGAAUAGGUGGCGGUGGAUUGGCCAUCGGUAAUCGGACGGUAUUGUAAUCGGGAUAACCGAAGUACGAUGAUGCGAGUUGACCAUCUGCCUGCAAUAUUCCACUGGAAUUUGUCCUUAAAACGUCGGACCAUGCUUUAGAUGUGCCGUAAAUUAAUCCACCGUCGAUGAACGGUGUAAUCUCAUUUAGCUGCAACGUGUCGAUACUUAGUAAACGAAAUAAUUUAAUAUCGUUCUUUAAAACGAGAACGAUACUACUGCAUUUAUAGAGCAAACAUUAUCCAAGUAUGUUACCUGUUGACGAGGAUUGUUCGGCGAAUGACCGGUUCGAUAAUCAUAUCGCGUGCGUAAAACUGGCAUUUUUGUGUGUCCUAGUUUAGUUUUGUAUCGAUGAUUUUCCGGAAUAUUUACGUUGAUAUAUUCGGGUGGGCACGCCGGUCUUUGAGCAUCUAAAAUUUCCUCCACCACUUGUUGACCUAAACAUAAUUAAAAAAAAAAAAAAAUUUAUUAUAUUGCUCAUC